GUGAGUUACAUGUUAGCAGACUCACUCGAUUGACUCUCACACCGUGACGGAUGAUCAUAUUCUCUCCACUGACCGUACCUCGUGGAAAUGCUGACAUUCUGGAUUUCACUACAUGGAUAUAUUAUCUUUAUGUUCCUUACAACAGCUAGCAAAGGUUCGACAUGUGAGGCGCCUUCAAGUCCUGAGUGCUUCAGGAGAAAUGUAUCUGAAUUUGUUUACACGUGCGAAUGGAGCACAAGUACAACCAACAGCAAUGUGACAUUUGACCUUUAUUUUAACAAGAAAAAAUUUGGAAGCACUAACGCAACGAGUUGGCGGAUCCCUGAUGAACUGCUGAUUAAAAAUCAACCUGUCAAUAUUUCGGUGGAAGCUCACGUGGAUAAUUUCAGCUGCAUGUCGCCUUGGAGGACCGUAGAACUCAGAAACAUAGUUAAAUACGAUGCACCUCACAAUAUUUCCAUGUCCUGGUCAAAAAACGAUCUGGUCUUAAUGUGGAGUGCUGCAGAGACGUCUCCGUCCUUAGCCGAGGUGUGGUUCCGACGACAUGAACAUCCCUCUGAAUCAUGGGAAAAAAGAUUAAUAAAUACUACUUUGUUGACUGCACGGAAAAAAAUCCCGACUUCAUGGUGUCCAAAAAAAGGGCUGACUCCUGGAAACCAGGUGACGAUUGGGAAUCUCACAAAGCAUUCAAUUUACCAGGUCCAGAUCAGACAUCGUUCCAAUCUAGUUAAAAGUCCCCUGUGGAGUAAAUGGUCUCCAGUUGUGAUUGUUCCUGCAGAGCUUGAAUAUAAACCUCAAGUAAACAUGACAACAAAACUGUUGAAGGGCAGCCGAGAAGUGACACUGACAUGGAAGCCAAUGCCACAUGCAGCAACAGAGGUGACCUACAGACUGGAAUACACGCUGUCCUCUCUCGGAUGUUCUUGUCCAAGGGCAGCGUGGAGGAGACAUCCCAUCACAACAAAUAACUACAAAAUGUUUGUGCCGUACUCUGCCGUGAAAAUCUCCGUCACUGCCAGAAACGCAGCAGGGUGUUCACCUCCAGCAAUCGUGCAAGUACCGGCUGUACCUAUUGUAAAUUUAAAAAUGUGUGACAAAACCUCGAAACAUACAAAGAAAAUUUGCAAGCAGUGGUACGAGUUUCAAGAGCCAGACUCUGAAAAUGUGACCUCAGCAAGCGAAAGAAAACUGGAGCCAAACAUGGAGCCAUUAAGAAGGACUCAAUUACAGGCCUACUUUGGCUACAUGUACUAUGAACACAUGUGUGAUGGCGGGAGGCCACGGACAGUUAAAACGUGCCUCUUUUACAAAAAAGAGGGUGCACCACAAAGAGAACCUCCAGAUUUCAGUGCCUUGAGUGAAACACACAUUUCAACCACCCUCUCCUGGAAAGGGAUUCCCUCGGUGGACCGGCGAGGUUUUCUCACACAUUACAGUCUGUGUAGCGUGGAAAUCAGCUCAGCAGAUCAGCCAACAGAGUGCCGUAAUAUAUCGGCCUCAGUGACCAAAUACCGUCUGGAAAACUUGACACCAGGAGCAAAAUACAGCAUCAGUCUGGCCGGAGUCACACAAGUGGGCGAAGGCCCUAAAGCCACUGUAACUGUCAACACAUGGCAAGAGAAACACGUGAAUGUGUGGUGGAGUUUUGGCUUGCUCUUUGUAUUCUUCUUCAUAACAACGACAUGCACCAUUAUUCUGAAGAGAAUCCGAAACAAAGUCUUCCCUCCCAUUCCGACACCUGUCAUUCCAGAUUUCUCUUCCAGUCAGCUGGAGGGUCAGCAGAUGCAGGAGGAGAAAGAAGAGGUGCAUGAUCUGAUGCUCCAGCUGCAUCCAGAGGGCAAGUCUGCCCCCGACAAUGCAGAAGAAACCACUGUCUCACAGCAUGAGUGGCAUCACAAGGAGGUGGAGAAUGACAGUGAUGAUUCAAGGACGUCAGGAGGAAGCAGUGAUGAGAGGCCUGGCUCCACUGACGAUGCACUGAUAAACUCCGGAGGGGAAGAGAUCACAGAUCUCGAACAGCUGGACAAUGAGAUCGCCAUUCUGAUAUACAGGAAUGGUUUGGUCUUUGAUGUGAAGACAGACUCGCCUUAAAAUGAGUAAAAAGUAGUUAGUAGUAGUUUUGCACAACAUUUAUGCCAAAG